AUGGCUGAAAUCGAGUUUUUAUCACUUACUCCGCCGCCUGUCUACCAGGACGGCCGACCAUCCCCGAUUGGGCUCGAAACUCAAGCAGACCAAGAUGUUGAGCUUGAUGUGGACUGUAUCCCAUUCCAAACAGCUUUUCUUGAGCGAAACUAUCUCGCCCUCUCGACAGCUAUAAUCCCACUGAAACUGCCUUCCGAUCUUGUCAGAGACUAUGAUCGUCUUUCUCAUGCCUGGCACAUACUAGCUCGACAUAAUCAUGUCGUCCGGACGAUCAUAGUCAAAGAAGUCGAUGUCCUAGGGGGUGUCAUGUUCAGACAACGUAUCUUGAAAAGCCCUCGGCCCAUCACAAUGGGGCAUUUAGACGAUGCAAAGCUACCGCCUGUCUCUCACGAACCGGCUUCGCUCGUAGUGGAUUGGUACAAAGACCCAACGGCAGUCUUUCUCCGCAUACAAGCCGCACUCGUUGACCGAACCUCCCUAACAUAUCUGUGGAAAGACUUUGUGUCUAUCCUGACCGGUGGUAUCCCUAUCAGCCGCCUAGCCUACCCGAAAUAUGCCGCUACUUUGAACCGACGUGAAACCAAAGCAGCCAAAGAGUUUUGGUCUGAGAGUCUUCAGGACGUACCCGCUCUUGUCCUCCAUUCGAUACCCAUAGCUCGCCAAGGAUCAUUGACCACCACGCCCUUGAUCACAUCAGCUGCAGUCAGCAGUGUUGCAUUGAAGCGAUUCUGUGGUGACCUCGACGUCUCUCAGGAGUCGUUGUUAUACACAGCUCUCGGCAUUGUACUCAACCGACACUGCCAAACCAGUAGCGAUACCGCGAUCUUCGUGGUCGAGGGCAGGGAUGCAACUGUGGAUGGUUACGACACGGUUGUUGGCUGUGUAGAUCAACAAUACCCCCUGAAACUCCAACUCUCUCCCGGCCUUUCGGUGGCACAAGGCGUUCGUUACACAGAGCAGGUGAACAUUUCCUCGUCCUCGAAUGCGUACAUCGGAUACGAUAGUAUCACAUCUGAAUAUCCUGCCGCACGCUCCGACUUCAGGAUCAUCUUUUCUGAGCUCGAUGAGGCUCUCGAACCCGUCGGUGACCAUUUUCCCGUGACAAUAUAUAUCCGCACAGCGGAGACUGUUUCCAUAUCGGCAAGACAUGAUACAGGGAUACCGAAAGAAAAAGCGGAGAUUAUUUUGGAUCAUUUGAUGACCGCAAUCGCCAACAUGUUAGCACAUCCCACCGCUCUGCUGAGUGAGAUCUCAAUCAUAUCCUCGAGAGAGAAGGCGUUGAUUCACAAGAUGGGCAUGCCGAAAACAAAGCCUGCUCCAGGGAGUGUUCACCAAAUUUUCGAGAAGCAGGUUGAGCUCACUCCCAAUGUCCCAGCUGCGCAAUUCGAAAGAGAUGCACCCAUUUCUUACGUGGAACUCAAUCGCAUGGCCAACCGAGUCGCGCGGCAGCUUCCGGCAGCUAGGGGCUCGUUUGUACCUGUCUGUGUCGAGAGGUCCGUCAAUCUCAUCGUCGCUCUCGUCAGUAUUCUCAAGACGGGGGCAGCAUAUGUGACUCUAGACCCAGAAACCCCCCAGGAUAGAAACAUGUUCAUCAUAAGUGAUGUUAAUGCAGACUUCGUCAUUGUUGACAGAUCAGUGGCCGGUCGUUUUCCGAACGAGAUCAUCAUCGAGGAUCUUCUUGAGAGCUCCCGUCGUGUAAAGGAUACCAACUUGACCCGUUUCUGUGAGCCUUCUGACCCUGUGUAUGUGAUAUACACGUCUGGCUCUACUGGCAAGCCGAAAGGCGUUCUUCAUCUGCACUCUUCUGCCACGUCAGGACUUGACGCCUUUCCGAUGCUUCCGCACCUGCGACAGCUUCUCUUCCACAAUCCGGUAUUCUCGGCCGCGCAGAGGUCCGUGUGGUCUACACUCAAGCAAGGAGGAUGUUUGUGUUUGGCAAGUAAGGACAACUUGACAUUGCACAUUGGUCAGACCAUAAACCAAAUGCGCAUCAAUGUGAUCGAUGUAACGCCUUCGACCGCCCUCUUAAUCAAGCCCGGUACAGUCCCAUGCCUGCGCCGCAUGACAGUGGCGGGCGAGCUGAUCAACCCGGCGCUGAUUCCGAUGUGGGUUGAUCACCUGGAGCUUCUCAACGCAUAUGGACUAAGUGAGAACACUCAAGUCAACUGGCGCCGGGAGAUGGUCCUGGGACAGAAUCCUCAGAACAUUGGGCGCCCAAGCGACACGACAACCUCCUUCGUGCUCGUUCCGGGUAGCACAGAACUGACUCCUUUGUUGGUACCAGGGGAGCUCUGUUUGGGUGGUGACCAACUUGCAGUUUAUUACAUCAAUCGACCUGAGAAGACUGCGGAAGCAUUUAUUACUAAUCCUUUCGGACCGGGUCGGCUGUAUAGAACCGGCGAUAUGGUUGUUGCGCACGAGGACGGGUCUAUCGAAAUGCUAGGCCGAAUCGAUUUUCAGGUCAAGAUCAAUGGACAGCGUGUCGAGCCUGGCGACUCGAAUUCUGUGAUCCAGACACACCCAGACGUCUACACUUCAAGUGUGGUCUCAGCUGACAUAGACGGGCGAAAAGUCCUCGUCGCGGUGGUGGUUCCAAAAGGAGAUACUGAGUGGUCACAGCUCCGCUCCGAGCUCCGGGAUCUGUUGAAACUCCAUAUUCCAAGCUACAUGAUGCCCACCUACUGGCUUCCAGAGGCCGAGCUCCCGUUGAACAUCAAUGGAAAGGUUGAUGUUCCCGUCCUGUCCAGAUAUGUGGAAGGUCUUGGCAAGGACCAUCUCCUAGAAUUUUCGGCCAAGACCAAGCGGGGCGGAGACGGGGCAGACAUGUUCUCUCCGGUUGCGCGUGAACUGCGAAAUAUCUGGGCUCAAGUCCUUAACCUACCAGUUGACAGAAUCUCCAGCGCCGACUUCUUCCAAGAACUUGGUGGCUCCUCACUGGACGCUAUCAGAGUUGCAUCCCAAGCUCAUGAAGCUGGACUCGAUAUUGCCGUCACCGACAUCUUGCGCCUACCAUUACGAGAAGUAGCCAAGCAUGGCAAACAUGAAGAACAUACAAACGAGGUUGUUGCAUUCUCAUUGCUACCUGAGAAGAUCAAACUCAAACUUCAGGAUCUUGAAGAUGCAUUCCCAACGACGCCACUUCAGGAUGCAUUUCUCGCGGAUUCUCUAAUUGGGAACUCGACGUAUGUUUAUCGGAGAUACUACCGCAUGGCUGGUCGUACGUCCGAGGAAAUUCAUGCCGCCCUUCAGAAAAUGGUCAAGACACAUCCAGUUCUUCGUACCAGCUUUCUGCAGAACAAGACUUCAUUUUUACAAAUCAUCCGGAAGGCAGCCGAAUUAUCUUGGGAAAAACUGGACGUCACUGCAGAGGAAUUUUCGGCACUUGAGAAACAUUCCAUGCAGCUAGGUGAAAACUUUGUGCAUUUUGCAACCCUUCGAGGUGGCGUUCUUGCCGUUAGCAUGCACCACGCUCUCUUUGACUAUUGGUCCAACAACUAUUUGAUUGAGGAUCUUGAGGCUGGUCUCCAGAGCCGGUCACUGGUAAAGCGCCCGAGUCCUGCCAGAUUUAUAGAGUACAUGCAAGAACAAGACCAUGCGCAAAUGGAGGAGUUCUGGAAGUCUAGGUUGCAGCAUGCUGUGCCUUCGUUGUUAGGUCAUCAAAGCACCAAGAACACGGUGGUGGAAGGGGACGUCUCAGAGGACCUUCAAACCUUUGCAGCAUUGCACAGAGUUUCCCUUGGCUCUUUGGUUUACGCUGCCUGGGCGAUCGUUCUCUCCUUGCACACCUCGCAGAGCGAAGUGAUCUUCGGAGCAACUUUGUCUGGUCGCGAUGCACCGGUGUCAGGAAUUCUCGAUAUGGCCAGUCCCACCAUCAACACCGUUCCCUUCCGUGUGCAGGUCGACCCAGAUUUAACGGCGCUCGAGUUUUCUAAGAGGAUCCAAGAGGACCUGUGGCAGCACUCGGCCCCAGCGCUCUUGGGGCUGCGGAACAUCCUACGUACUUCCGGAACCAAAGCUGGCCUGUACGAUACCCUAGUCAACAUCUUGAUCAAAGAUAGCACCAAGUCCGGCGACGAGCUUUUUGAGAAAGUACUAAAUCCUUGCUCUCCCGAGGAGCCGAACUAUGUUGAUAGUACUAUGCUCGAAGCGGAGUCGUUGCCGACCGGUGUCCGGCUACGCCUGCUCUCGUCCUUGCCGGAGGAGAAGGCUUCUCUGAUACUUGGCAAUGUUAUUGAGACACUCAAGGCUUCUUUCCACGUCCCUGAGGGUCUCAUUUCGCAGAUCAACCCAAUCACAUUACAAGAAGAAGUGUUCGUGGAUUCCUUGUCACAGGAACAGCCUACCACCAAGGGCUUGUUGGCGCACACCCUCUUUGAGCAGAUGGCCACGCGCUUCCCUACUAAAACGGCACUCCGUGACUUGUCAUCAAAUACCUUAACAUAUCAGCAGUUUGAUGAGGUCACCAGUAACUUGGCGCAAUUCCUCACAGGAAAAGGCGUUCAGAGUGGAGACAUCGUUCCCAUCUGCAUGCAAAAGUCACUCAACACUCUCAUCGCAGUCUUUGGCAUCCUGAAGGCGGGUGCGGCUUUCACCCCUUUGGACCCCAAGAAUCCUAGGGAUCGAAAUGAUUUCAUUAUCGGAGACGUUGGCGCUCGGCUGGCCAUCACGGACAGGGUUCAUGAGGCCUUAUUCGACAGUUUCGCCGGGCAAGUCAUCAACAUGGACGGCAUUGGUACUUUGAAAGCGAGCAACGACAGCGUUGCUGCUUCCACCGCCACACCCAGCGCCCUAGCAUAUGUUAUCUACACCAGCGGCUCGACAGGUUUGCCGAAAGGAGUACAGGUCUCACAUGGCGCUGUAGCGGCAUCGACAGAGGGUAUGAUCGAGGCAUGCAAAGUCGACCAUGAUUGGCACGCCCUCUGGUUCUUGAACUAUGUGUUCGACGCGUCAUACUUUGACGUGUUCACCGUGCUUGGUUGCGGCGGAACCAUCUGCGUCGCACCCCAGGACACCUUGAUCAACGAUCUUGCCGGAUGCGUCCGGACUUUCGAAGCCAAGCAGCUGAUGAUCACACCCAGUAUUUCUAAGCUCAUAUCACCAGAUGAGGUACCCAGUCUCAAGGCCCUUCUGGUUUGCGGUGAGCCCAUCACGCCCGAACUAGGGACCACCUGGGCAUCAAGAAUGGACGUCUACAAUGGAUAUGGUCCAACGGAGGCGACUAUCCUGAUGACAGUAUCCAAGGUGUUGCCUGAAGGCAAUUUGAAGUCCAUCGGCUAUCCACUGAGAGCUAUCAAAGCUUCGAUUUUGCAUACUGAUCGGCUCGAGCCCGUGCCUUAUGGGACAGUGGGCGAGCUCUGUGUAAGUGGAGGUCAAGUCGCAAUGGGGUACCUGAACCGACCCGAUAUCACGGCUACAUCCUUCAUCAAGACCAGUGACGGUUCUGUUCUGUACAGAACUGGUGACUAUGCGCGCUGGCUUGCUAAUGGCGAGAUUGAGUGUUUGGGCCGUAAGGACAACCAGAUCAAGCUGAACGGAUACCGCAUCGAGCUCGGCGAAAUCGAGAACACCAUUCUCGCCCAUGCAAGUGACGUCGUCAAGAGCUGUGUUGUGAGUCUCGUGACGGUUCAGCGCAAGCCGGCUAUCGUCGCGUAUUAUGUACCCCAGGACACCCCAGAGCUGCUGGCAAAGAAGGACGAGCAUUAUGAAGAAGAUGACAAACAUAUGUUUCCUACGGCUGUCAUUGAUCCAGCCAUUAUCCGCACAAGAAUCACGUCACUUGCUCACUACAUGGAACCCAAGUUGUUCUUGCCAUUCAGGUCCUUCCCCUCGCUCCCAUCUGGUAAGAUCAACAGAAAGGUCCUGAAGUCGAUAGCCGGGAGCCUGAAUGCAGGCGACAUUGCAAAGUAUUCAGGAAUUUCGAGUCCUCGUGCUACCAACGAGUCCGAAUCAACGGAGCUCACCGAAACGGAAACAAUACUUCGCAAUGCAUGGUCUGAACUGUUUGACAUAGAGGCUGCUGAUAUUAGUGCAUCCGAUUUAUUCUCGAGCCACGGCGGUGACUCGAUUGGCGCCAUCAACCUCGUCAGCAUAUUGCGGCGGCAAAGCUGGUCCCUAUCUGUCAAUGACGCCCUUUCCUAUCCCUCCUUGCGAGAACAAGCACGAUAUGUCAAAGCUUCCAAGUCUACCACUGGUCACAAUCCUCUGGCAGACUUUGUUGUCGACCCAGCGGUCCACCAAAAGCUUGAGGCCGCGGGUCUCGCAUCAGAGGAUAUCGAGGAGAUCUAUCCUUGUGCACCCGGACAGGUCGAGUUCCUUACUCAAGGACACACCAAUGACCAGUUCUGGCAGCUCAUGACUGUACGACGGCUUCCACCGAGCUUUGACUUCGACCUGUGGAUUGAUCUUACCAGAAAGUUGACCGCAGCCAAUCAGAUCUUGCGCGCCAUGUACAUGAAGCAGGUCGAUGCUGAUCAACUCAGCUGGGUACAAGUCAUACUCAAGGAGCCGGUCCUCGACCUGGAGAUCGUUGAAUGCAGCUCAGAAAACGAGAAGGAUAAUCUCGUUCGCCGCCACUGGGAUCAACACUUCGAGAUCGGUAAGCCGUUUGUCCGUUACCUGGUCUUGCGCUACGAAGAUGGAACCAUUGAUCUGUGCACGAAACUCGACCACGCCAUGUAUGAUGGCACACUACUGCGAGUCUUUGACGACCAGUUCACAGCAUUGCGCCAAGGUACAGAACUGCCGAAAUCGGUCCCGUUCAAAGCUUUUAUUGAAUACAACAGCCAAAAGGACGAGCGAGGGCGUAUGCUCUCCUUCUGGCGCGAUCACCUGGCAAACAACACUUUCAAUUAUCCAUCCCACAUUGAAGGCCCGAAGGUUGGCGGUGCGCUCGUGAAGAAACUCAACCUUGAUGUUGCUACUUACGCCCAGACAGCAGGAGUCACACCAUCGAUCGUAUUUCAGACUGCCUAUACACUCUUGCUGAGCCGACUCAGCGGCGAAACGGACAUCACGUAUGAUUACCUCCUGACGGGGCGCAACGUCGACAUGGACGACCCCCAGCUCAUCAACGGCACCUGUGCCAACUUCUUGCCUUUCCGAUCGCGCUUUGACAGAUCGACCACAGAGAUGAAUACUCUGCUGCGUGAGACACAGAACGGGUUCUGGCAAAUGACGGAAAAUGGCCUGGUCAGCUUGGGAGAUAUCUACAAAGCCUUGGGGGUGGAUCGGAGACGAACAGCCGCCAAGACACUCUUCCUAUACCAGCCUUUCGAGCCGGCACAAGGCGAACAAGACCACAUGAGAUGGAUCGUCAUGGCCAUGAGCAAGGUGACCAUGUUUGUCAACUAUUCUAUCAUGUUUGAAGUGUUCAAGGAUGUUCAGGGCAAUAAACUAAAGCUACAGUAUGACGCUCGACUCUUCAGUGAACAGGCGGCUGGAACGGUCAUGGAUACUUAUAUGGAGAUUGUGACAAGGCUUGUAAAGGAAAACCCGGUAACAGCUGGGCAACUGUUAUAA